CACUUGUAUACUCCUCGCCGGACUGCUAUCACUCAUCUUAAGAGGGAGUGAUAGGUAUAAAUGAAUCACUCAUUGGCAGGGAGAUAAUAGCCGGAGAUAACUGGAGAUAAGUAGAGUCCCUGACACACACACACACACACACAGGCACACAGUCGGCAGUAUGAGUUAGCCUCUCUUGCGCGAACGUGAGUUAGUGCGCGUCCCCUUCUGCUGCUGCUGCUGCUGCUGCUCGCUCACUCCUCCCUUCUGGUCUUCCUCCUCAUCCUCCUGCCGAGUGUGUCCCGCGGCGCCCCUCCGUCACCCUGCCUCGGGCCACCUCCUUGACGUGUGUUUGUGAAUAGACUCACACACGCCGUCUUCUGUGUGUAUCUGUGUGUGUGCGUGUGUUUAUAUGUACGUGCGUGUGUGUGUGUACUUGUGUGUACGCCCAGAGGAGAGUGAGAGGCGGACAUGGCUCGUGAAGGACGGAGAAGGUGUAGCAGUGAAGGCCGUGAAAGUCGUGUUGAGACUUGCGAGAGAACAGGAGACACCACCGCUGCUAUUGCUGUUGCCGCUUCGCUGCCGCCGCAUGCCGCCUCCACCACCAGACAAAGACCUCUUUCCCUCGUGUUCCUGGGCUGCGUCUCGCCACAACACGGCGCUGAUCCCAAAGUGGCGGAGAGGAGGUUCACGAAGUCCUGUCGAGCGGAGGAUGGCGGCGGCGAGGCGGCGGCGCGGAGAGACCGAAGGCAGAGCUUUUCUGGGUCUCGCCUUAUGUUGGCACUCCGGAGGCGCUCAUUUGUUAAGGCGGCUGCAUCAGGAGGAGGAGGAGGAGGAGGGGGAAAUGUCCCCCGCCCUCCCUCUUCAAUGAGCCUCCUUCCCCUCCCUUUGCCGCCCCCGGGAGUGAGACUGACGCGAGGCAGAGCACCUCCCCCGGGGCCUGCCUGAGAGACACCCACGCCUCACCCAGACGCGGCUCGCAGAUUCAUAACGCAGAGGGCCUCACUGAGACCAUCCCUUCAGCGCCGCGUCGUCGCCCGAAGUUCAUGUCUGUCAGUGCUCGUCCUAAAACUUGGAGCGACGACCUUGGCUCACUCAACCGCCGUACCACACUCCUCUCGACUGCACUCGACGCCAAGGACGCUGACACCCCGGGCCGCCCCUUGUCCUGGGGGGAGGAGGGGGUCACACAAAUCAUUCCUGAUCCCGUGUGGCCUCCUAAUGAGUGGCGGUCACCAAAUUCCUCCCGCAGCGGCGUCUUCUCGUUCUUGCACAGCCUGCAUCGCCUCCACUCCGUCCCGCCUGACUCUCCCCGCGACCACCUCGGGAGCAUCUACCGGCGAGGGGCGAGGCGAUGGAGGAAGCUGUACAAGGUGAACGGCCACAUCUUCCAGGCCAAGCGCUUCAAUAGGCGUGCCUUCUGUGAAUUCUGCAAGGACCGCAUCUGGGGGCUGGGUCGACAGGGCUUCAAGUGUACCCAGUGCAAGCUGCUUGUCCACAAGAAGUGCCACAAACUGCAGAAAGUGCCGUGCAAUGCUGACCUGGACACCUCAACAGACACCUUGGCCUCCCACGACUCCUCCACACUACCCCGCAGCGGUACCAAUGGCAGGAUGGCAGUGCAGGAGUUCACUGAAGAGAUCUCAGGAACAGAUCCAGGUAUAACUGAAGAAACACCAGUGGAGAUGCCAGCAGUUACAGGUGGUAGCAGUGAACCAAUGUCCCCAUCAGGCCAGGCAGGACAGUACUGCCUUGAUGACUUUGAGCUGAUCCGUGUGAUUGGCCGAGGCUCUUAUGCUAAGGUUCUUAUGGUGGAGCUCAAGAAGACCAAAAGGAUCUAUGCCAUGAAAGUCAUCAAGAAGACACUAGUCACAGAUGAUGAGGACAUUGACUGGGUUCAGACUGAGAAACACGUAUUUGAAACUGCCUCCAAUCAUCCCUUCCUGGUGGGUCUGCACUCCUGCUUCCAGACUCCGUCCAGACUCUUCUUUGUGAUAGAGUUUGUGCGUGGUGGUGACCUUAUGUUCCACAUGCAGCGGCAGCGACGCCUCCCAGAGGAACAUGCUAGAUUUUAUGCUGCAGAAAUCUGUCUGGCUCUUAACUUCCUCCAUGAAAAGGGCAUCAUCUACCGAGACCUCAAGUUAGACAAUGUACUGCUGGACCAUGAGGGCCACAUCAAGCUCACUGACUAUGGCAUGUGUAAAGAAGGCAUCCGUCCGGGAGACACCACCUCCACCUUCUGUGGCACACCUAACUACAUUGCCCCUGAGAUUCUACAAGGUGUUGAAUACAGCUUCAGUGUUGAUUGGUGGGCCCUGGGUGUGCUGCUGUACGAGAUGCUGGCUGGCAAGAGUCCGUUUGACAUUGUGGGUGCUUCAGACAACCCUGACUGCAACACUGAGGAUUUCCUCUUCCAAGUCAUCCUUGAGCGGCCAAUCCGUAUUCCUCGGUCGCUGUCAGUCAAGGCUGCUUCCAUCCUGAAAGGCUUCCUCAAUAAGAAUCCAGUGGAUCGCCUAGGUUGUCAUCCUGAGACAGGCUUUACAGACAUCAUUUCUCAUCCCUUCUUCAAGACCAUCAUCUGGGAAAUGUUGGAGCAGCGACAGGUUCCCCCGCCUUACCGCCCCCGGCUAGACUCUGACCGUGACCUGGCUAACUUCCCCCCAGAAUUUACAGAUGAACCCAUUCAGCUUACUCCUGACGAUGCGCGUGCCAUCGAAAACAUCGACCAGAGCGAAUUUGAAGGAUUUGAGUACGUCAACCCGCUGCUGAUGAGCAUGGAGGACUGUGUGUAAUGUGGUAGCCAGGCCAGUUAGCCUGCCACUGCCAUGCUUCACCAGAAUUGUGGUUCCAGUGUUCCAUCAGCUUCAUCAAGACCCCCACUCUGCAAAGGAGGUUGUGGAGCUUUUACCAUGUCCUCAUAUGCCAUUUUUUGGAUGUGUCACCUCUCACUUGUGAAAAGUAGUCAUUUGUGAAGUGAAGGCUGGCAUUGUCAUAGGUGACAUGAGGAAUGGUGUGGUGUGAUGUAAUGAAGGGGAACUCGGCAUGGAAGCCAGAGUGAGAGAUGACUGAGCUAGGUAAUUUUAUCCUCCAAAAAUUCCAUCAAAAGUACCAAAAGUAACACAAUGAGGAGCAUUAAGUAAUAGGAGAAUUUUCUCUGUGUGUCCUGGUAUCAUUUUGCAUUUUCAUUCUGAUGUAUAGAGAUGGUAGCAAACAACCAAAACACACUUUCAAUGGAAAGCCAAUGGAUUCAUGAUGUGUAGUGCCUCAAGGUAUCCCUUAAGAUUCUCUCUGUGCCCUAUGUAGUUUAAUUUCAGCACUUUAUUUUGUUCUCAUUUUCAUAUACUUGUUGGCUUUUCAAGUCUUAUGAAUGAGUUGGUGGAGGAGGAGGAGGAGUGAAAGAAAGAACUUGUAUGUAAGCAUCCCAGCUCUAGGACAGGAAAACAAUGUUGACAUAAAUUAUGAUGUGAUGUUUAUGUAGGGACCAAACAUAGAGCCUUGUUGAAAGAUAAUGGAUCUGCCAGAUAUCUCAAGGGCUGGUAAUUGUGUCCAUAGGGAGUACAAGUUUGGAUAUUUAUUUCAUGGCUUAUUUACACAUAAAGAUUUUUUAAGUUGUAAUUGUAACUUGCUGUUGUGUUAGUUUGUAAUGGUUGUGCAAUAUCCAGGCAUAGAGAACUUUAGAAGCCUAUAGGAGUCUAGGCAGCUCUUUGUGGCAGCAGCAUAUGAAACUUUUGGAAAGGUAAAAAUUUGAUCAUAAAGAGCAGCUAACUAGGCAGCUUUUGUGUGACUGACCAGGAAGGUUCAUUGGUAUCUGUCUUUUAGGUAGAUAAGAUCUGGGUGCUAUUUUUUGAAGUGGUGUGAGUCAUCAUUGUCACACUGGAGAAGUGAGUGGAGUUCUGUGGCUUUCAUAACUUUAUUUUCCCAGCUGGUGAUGAGGAAACCUAAACAUAGCAUCAUCAACAUGAUUUUGAUUUCACAUUAUGUUGCAUUUCAGUGAUUUGUUGAAUAUUGUAUGCAUGAAAAAAUAUUCUGAUGUUGAAAGAUGAUAUCUGCAAGAGUAAGGACUGCUAUCUACCAUGUGAUUACAAAGUUUUCACAUCAAAGGAAAUUCCUGGUGUCUUCCACAUUCAGGUAAUUGUGUCAGGCACUGGAGUAGUUUGUUUACAUGUUAAUGUCCCCUGUGGCUGGUGAUGCAGGGGCCAGAUGCCAUUGUGGCCUGCAGAGCUGUGGUGAUUCCAGAUGGCUGUGAAGCCUGUUCCUGUUGGCUUAAAUGAUUCAUUCUUCAUAAUUUAGUAUUAUUAAGAAAAAUAAUUUGACACUUGAAACCAAUCACCAGUCAUCUAUUCAUAAUUUGCAUAAUGUUUUCAUUAUCAUGAAUUUGUUUACUCCUGUGUCAGAGAUCACAGGUGCAAAGUGCCUGUUGCAGAGCCACAUGAUGUAAUUUUUAAACUCUAGGUUGAUAAUUUUUUUUAGCUUCCAGUUGAUGUAGACAGGUGGGAUGCUUUCAGGCUCACCACUUACUGACAGAGUUGGCCAAGUCACAGCUCUUUAGGGAGUCAUGAGGGUGUGUUCGGUUGCCAGAAGGAUGGCAGCUGAGUCUCUUUGGAAGAGGUGUAUGAAAAUGCAUUGUUUGUAUCAUAAUAAUAGUAUACAAAGCUGUAAUCCUAAGAUAGUAUCCAGCUUCAUCCUAGGAAAUAGAGGAGCUUCUGUGAAGUUUCCCAGAUUGCCUGAACCAUGAUAUUCCGGGUACUUAUGUUGCCGCUCAGACAUGCCUUGGAUAUUGAGUGGACUGAUAGACACUAACCAUUCCCAGGACAUUCCAUGCAUAGAGGGAGAAUGAGAGGCUCUUGGCCUACCUUACACCACUGGCCUCUUGGCUCUUCUUCCUUCAUCAAAGCUUAUUUUAAUGUUGAAAUUGAUGUAAUCUGCUGUAGAUUUUGAAAUAGUCAUGUUUUUAUUAUUUUUAUUAUUAUUAUUAUUAUUAUUAUUAUUAUUAUUAUUAUUAUUAUUAUUAUUAUUAUUAUUCAUGUAUUUUGUAUUUUCUGUGAAGAGCCUCAGUGACUACUUAUGUUUGAUUUGCCUUUAUUUAUUUAUCUAUUUAUUAUUAUCUUUUUUACCAUGAUUUCACAUAUGCUUAAGCUUAAGCUUAUGAGGCAUUCUCAUUUAUUAUUUAUGAAUGCUAGUGCUACAUCACAAGUUGUUAUCUUUAAAUAUCAUUCCUUUUCUUCUUAACAUUCGAUGAAGGCUGUGUUCAUUUGCAUAUGAAAACUGAGUGCAAGGAAGUUCUGUGUAUAAUUUGUAUAUUCUUACAGUCCUAGAAAAUAACAACUUAUGUUUUCUUGUUUUUUAUUUAUUAUGUUUAGGACUGUGUAUGCUGGACAGAAUAAGACUAUUUAUUGGCAGUGGCUUUCAGGGUCCAUUGCUUCUUGUCAUUGGCUGCCAAAAAUUAGUGGAUGCAGUCUGCCUUAACCUUCCCUGAACCUUCACUUUGUAGGCGGCCUGUAACCAAUAGUUGAUCAAAUUGUAAAGUAGACACUUACUUCAUGUCCAGUUGUGAGUGGCCAUUUUGCCUCCGCUACUAAAGUUGCCUGUGAGGUUUCAUUACUAAUUCAGGGCUAGUAGUGUAAAUGCUGUUAAUUCAUCCCAAUUGAACGUUAUCCUACCCUGGCACUUGUCUGUUUAACAUGUAUAUUUAUUUUGAAUAUUGAGGUAUUUUAUUGUUAAUAUUUAUAGUUAUUUAGAUAACUCAUUUUAUAUAGGUAAGCAUAAGAGGGAUCUGGACUUGAAUAGCUAAGUGACCUCUCCUCAUAUACCAUGCCCUCAAGGGGAGCCUGGUGAGGUCACUUCUUGUAUAUAUGUACUCCUAGCACUGUAUAAUCAAAAUGGUGCUUGUGGUCCCUUCAUGCACUAGGAGCUGUGGUAAUAAAAGUGCCCCCGUGGUACUUGCCAUGUGCAUCUCAGCAAGGCUCCUUUCUGGCCCAGCAGUCAUCAGACCACUUGAAGUCAACCUUUGAUGCCAUAACUGUUCACAAAUUUUUUUCCACAUAUGACCAAAAGAAUUCUUCUAGAAUUUUUUUGAAUUUAUUGAGCUUUUAUCUUCAUUACCAUUUAUUAAUUUGCUAGGAAAGUUAUUACUAUUUUAGGCUUGUUCAUCUUGGAAAUAUAUUUGUUCAGCAUGAGAUAUGCAUGAUAAAAGAUAGAUAAGUGGACAUCACCAGUGCUUGAUAAGCAGUACUGAUACCCUCACACCAAGUUCCUUGAGCUGUGUCAGAUUCCUUUUAGGACCCAAGUAGAAAAUCCUCCUGUGAGAUGGUGGAUGCUGGGCCAGGCAAGUGCCAUGCUCCUUGGGGCACUAAACUUCAAGGUGAAGUUAGUGUCCUCAGUGGCAACUUUUUGUUUAUCUCAAAAGACUCAGUAAUUAAUUUGUUGAGUGCUGUCAUGAGUUCAUUGAACCACUGAAUACAGCAGAAAGAUUAUUUUCCACUGACCUGUUGUUGGGUUUACUAUACUCUCCUAAACAGAGUUUGAAUAUCAAAUGCAGCAUUAACACUCAGGUAAGGUAUACUUCAAAGACACCUUUCAAGCAUAUCCCAGGUAAUGCAAGAAAGCUGCUAUAGAUAACUUUGUACAACCACAAACAUAGUGGCAUAAUAACAUCUCAUGUGUAGCUAAAUAUAUUUUUCUUUAAACCUCAGUUAUGGUAUUUGGUGUGAAACACUGUAUGGUAAAACGGCUGCUAGGAAGAUUGGACUUGCUCAUAGAAUAACUGUCAGUGAGCUUGAGAAUGAAGUAAUCAUUUCUCUGGAAAUGGUCUCAGAGUCAAGGUGUCAGUACAGUAUUUUGAUAAGAGUAAUAAAUCUAGUUUGAAGUACACUGUAAAAUGUUUCCUAAGUAAAAGUUAUUUACUAAUAAAAAUAUUCUUCCUA